GAAAACAUGCGUGAAAUGUACUUUCGGUUUAUGGAAAAAUGUUAUCCAUAAUAUUCCGUGACACACUGGCUCUCUGUUAGCCACAUAGCCAGCUGCUCGCUCUCUCUCUCUCUCUCUUGACAGACUCAGACACAGUCAUACGUGAAUUCUAGAGAUAUUUCAUAUCCUCCUUUGGACGAGGUUUGGGAAUAAGUGCAAUAUGGACACGAAUGUUCAGAAAAGACGAGAAAACAAGAAGUCGUUACGGGUUAAGGUCAUUAGUCUGGGAAAUGCAGAGGUGGGGAAGAGCUGCAUUAUUAAACGAUACUGUGAGAAGCGGUUUGUGCCCAAGUAUCUAGCCACUAUCGGGAUAGAUUAUGGUGUGACCAAGGUCCAGGUUCGAGACAGGGAGAUAAAAGUAAACAUUUUUGAUAUGGCUGGACACCCUUUCUUUUAUGAGGUCCGCAAUGAGUUUUAUAAGGACUCUCAGGGGGUGAUUGUAGUCUAUGAUGUUGGUCUGAGGGAGAGUUUUGAUGCUCUGGACAGCUGGCUCACAGAGAUGAAGCAGGAAAUGGGCUCACAGGCCAACAUGGAGAACAUCAUCUUCAUUGUGUGUGCCAACAAGGUUGACCUGACAAAAAAGCGAGUUGUGGAUGAGAGUGAGGGGAGACUCUGGGCUGAGAGCAGAGGAUUUCAUUACUUUGAAACCUCUGCUCAGAGUGGCGAAGGCAUCAAUGAAAUGUUUCAGGCCUUUUUCUCAUCUAUAACUGAUAUGUGUGAAAAUGGAGGCAAGAGACCCACUCCAGAGGUCAGUGUAGGUUUUACUAAAGAGCAGGCCGACACCAUCCGGCGCAUUCGCAACAGCAAAGACAGCUGGGAUAUGCUGGGGGUUAAACCUGGGGCCACGAGGGAGGAAGUCAACAAGGCAUACAGGAAGUUGGCUGUACUGUUGCACCCGGACAAGUGUGUGGCCCCAGGCAGUGAAGAUGCCUUUAAAGCAGUGGUUAACGCUCGCACAUCCCUGCUCAAGAAUAUCAAGUAGGAGCGUGUGCCCACACUCAAGUGCAUUUCACAUGGUUUCCAUUUCAAACACACCCUCCACAUCGUGUCUGAGAUUUGCCAGAUUGUUUUUGUCUUCGUUGUGCCAUCUGAAUAUUACUCGUCAUCUUCUUAUUUUUCUUUUUUUUUAAGAACAUUCUUUUUUGUUUGUUUCGGUUGCUUGCCGUGGUGUUUUUUUGUUGAAUUUGUAUUAAUUAUAUAUUUAUUUAUUUAUUUUGAUUAUUAAAUGUGCAUUGAAAACAGUUGUCAGGGCAGUUUAAAUAUGUUAUCAAAAUGUUUGAAGUACAAAUAACAUUAUAGCACCACAAAAGUGUUUUCUUUUUCACCUCAAGAUUUCGUCAAAAACCAACAAAUGACUCUCUUUAAGGCCGAAACGUAACCAUGUUCCCUUAUUUUAAGUUGAUCAGCCUCACAUUGCCAUUAGAUGAAGUUGGAGAAUUACCUCACAUUUGCAGAGUUCCCUUCUCAGUGACGAUUACACUUAAGACACAUGGAAAAGCCUCUGGACUCCAGAAAAGACUUCGUAACAGCUGAGUUUGACAGUCACCAAAGCGGUCUUGUUUAUAAUGUAAUAUACAUAUCAAUGUCAAAAGUUGUAGUAGGGAAACAACAAUAAUGCUGUAAAGUGUG